GCUCGAAUUUCUACAGCGAAAAUGGAACCUGAGGGAGAUGAAGCCUCCCAUCAACACCCAAAGGGAAGAAAAUUCACUUGCAGUGCUCCAUUUUCUUCUACUUCAGUUCAAGAUUCAAGCUUUGAAUUCCCUAUUCUGCCGGCAGAUCUAAUUUAUGAAAUACUAUUAAAACUACCGGUAAAAUCUUUCCUGAAAUUCCGGUCCAUUUCAAAAUCCUGGCUUGGUUUAAUCUCUAGUCUUGAAUUUGUCAACACCCAUCUUAGUAUAUCUGCUAAUAAUAAGGAUUUUACCCACCAUAGGCUUAUGUUGAGGUUUGAUCCACCUUAUUAUGGUCUUCAAGAUUGUUCUUUUAGUUUUUCACUUUUUAAUGACUCUGUUACUGAAGCAUUUGACUUGAUUCGUUAUCCUAUUAAAACAGAGAUUGUUGGUUCUGUCAAUGGAUUGGUUUGUCCUACUAUUGAAGAAAAGCAUUUGCUUAUAUGGAAUCCAUCGAUUAGGAAGUUCAAGAAAUUGCCUAAACCUAGAGCUACAACAAGGAUUAAUUCAUUCUUUAUGUAUGGAGCUAUGGUGAGGGCUAAUACUUGUUAUAUGUAUGGUUUUGGAUAUGAUGAGAUUCAUGAUGAUUAUAGGGUAGUGGUAGGUUUUCGAAAUUCAGGAUUUUUUAAGGUGGAUAUGUAUAGUGUACAUAGUGAUUCUUGGAGAAGUAUAGAUGAUUUUCCGAGUGGGGUGUUAUCGAUGAAAUCGGGUGUGCUUGUGAAUGGGAAACUUCAUUGGGCUAAUACUGAUUUACUGAAUGAUCCUUCUUAUAAUGCUUGGGGCAUAAUUUGUAUUGAUUUGGCGGAUGGGAAGUGGGGAAGAACACAUGCCGAUGUGUGGGUUUGGAAGGAAUAUGGGGUUAAAGAGUCUUGGACAAAGAUGUUUACCAUCAAACUUCCCUAUGAUCCCGAAGUAAAUGUUGGUGUUAACUACUAA